CAGAGAACAGGUUUGGACACUUAUAAAUUAAACCAUAGCCUAUGAGACAUGACACUGCAUCUUCUCUGGGCUAGGGUAUAAAAUGGCAGACUCCUUUGACGUCAUCUUUGAUGACUACUAUGAACCAUCCAAUGACACUAACCUAUCUACUUAUGUGAUCAACCCCAAUACUCAAUCCUGCAACGAUCAUCCCCUGUACAGCACAGUUGCCGUUGCCAUGUCGAUCAUCCUAGUCGGCAUCUUCCUAUUGGCUAUCCCAGGAAACCUGCUGGUGGGGUUUGUGAUUGGUUCCAGAAAACGGACCCUGAUACCGUCGGAUGUCUACCUGUUCCACCUGACUGUGGCAGACGGAUUGAUUGCAUUGACACUGCCCUUCUGGGCCCACAACAUCACGUGGGGCUGGGUUUUUGGGGACUUUCUUUGCAAGCUGCUGAGCCUGGCCACAGAGGUGAACUUCUAUACCAGCAUUCUGUUCCUUGUCUGCAUCAGUGUGGAACGCUACUUUGCCAUUGUCCAUGCCGCUGACACUCGUAAUGGAGGCUGGUGGGCCUGCAGUUGGGCUGUGUGCUGUGCGAUCUGGAUGCUUGGGGGUGUUUUUGCCCUGCCGGCGCUCUUCAAUGAUGCCUUCAAGCCCAAUCAGUCAGAGAGAGUGGUGUGCGCCGAGCAAUUUGACGUGGGCAACGCCUUCCACUGGCGCUUCGCCACGCAUGGACUGCGUCACGUCCUGGGUUUCCUGCUCCCAUUGGCCAUCAUGCUGGCGUGCUACGGAGUGACUCUCGCCCGGCUUGUCCACACCCGCGGUUUCAAGAAGCAUCGUGCCAUGCGGGUCAUCGUCGCCGUGGUGAUCGCUUUCCUGCUGUGCUGGAUGCCGUACAACCUGGCCAUGAUAGCGGACCUGUUGCUGAGGGCCAAAGUGGUGGCUUUUGACUGCUCGGUGAGGACCUCACUGGAUUUGACGAUUGGGGUGACCCACAGCCUGGCCCUGACACACUGCUGCAUAAACCCAUUCCUGUACGCCUUUGUGGGGGAGAAGUUCAGGAGCAACCUGGGCGCCCUGGUCAAGCGGAAACGGAGGUCAGACAGGAUGUCCUCAGGUUCGGUCAGAUUCAGCAGGUCCACAUCCCAGACGUCGGAGGGCAUGGGGCAGUUCAUGUGACUGACUGGUUUGCUGACUGGUUGACUGACUAGCUGGAGGACUCACUGAGCAGUUGAAUCAGUGGUUGACUGACUGAUUAGCUGACUGACUGGCUGGCUUGCUACCUGAAUCUAGCAAAGAUUCAGUCUUGUUGCUGAUCGAAAAGGCUUCGAUUUGUUUGUCAUUUGAAAUGGAAACGUACCAGUGGAGAAGUCUACGGAUCUGCUGUCCACAGACCUGCAACUCUCCUUGAAGGUACAGGGGGAUUCUCAAUGGUUUCAUGUUCCCUAAAUAAAAUGUACAUCCCUUUACAUACCAUAGUUGUAAAAAGGCUGUGUGACAUCACAUGUUUUGAGCAACUGAUGUGUAAUAAUCUGUGUCAAUUUCCUGCAAGAGCCUUCUGGUCUUUCAUGUUAUUCACCACCUGAUGUGGAAACUUACUGUGCAUGCAUCAUGGGACAUUUCACACACGGACACUUAUCUUGGCUUAACAGCUCCAACAGUGCCCUCUAGUGCUGAAAAAAACUAGUUUAGCAAUAGCUGUAGGUUUUGCUGAUGGGUGAGGAGGAGGACCACAAAUGCUCUCUCUCUCUCUCUCUCUCUCUCUCUCUCUCUCUCUCUCUCUCUCUCUCUCUCUCUCUCUCUCUCUCUCUCUCUCUCUCUCUCUCUCUCUCUCUCUCUCUCUCUCUCUAUCGUAUGCUUUUUUCUCCCACAAUGCUGUCUCUCUCACUCACUCACUCACUCACUCACUCACUCACACACACACACACACACACACACACACACUUGACACACAUACACUCACCCACAUCACUCAUCCUCCCCAAAAAUCGCUAAUCGACUCCCAUAACGUUCAUUCACCACCAACAUUAAGCUGUAAUAGGGGAGGAGAAGGCUGUAGUUCUGUGUGAGUGGAGUCUUACCUCCCCCUCCCACCAAACUACUCUUUUUAACAACCUCAUUAUGGAGCUGAUACUCACCAUUGAGAGGGACAGAUGGUCUUUAUAGGUCCCCAUUCGAAACCAUAGUAGGUCUUUUGAGAGCAGGGCAUUUUGAUUAGGUGUUGCCUUUGGUAUGUGUGUGUCUGUGUGUGUGUGUGUGUUUGCGUGUAAAUGCAGGUAUCCACAGUGUGUUCAUUCAGUCUCACAGAUGUGUGGAGUAAAGCUGUUUUGACUCAAGAAAGAGAGAUAUUGUACUCUCAAAAGAAAAAGGGGACUAUAUUCAUAAACAUCUGUUAGCCUAUUCAUAUGAGAACCGAAAAGGUUUUCUUGCAUAGACCAUUACUAGGUCCAAAGGCGUUUCAGAACAGAAAACCAUUUGUUGUUCCGAACAGAAUCCCAAUAACAUUCAAGAUUUACAUGUGAACCCUAUAUUGAUGACAUAUAAGCUAGUCGAACAAGCUACAUUCUCAGUACUUUCACAAAAAUAUCAAGGAAUUGUAGAGUAAGUUGUGAGUUCAGAAUUUCUGGUGUCCUACCAGAAAGGAAGUAUUUUUAAGGACUUCCUUAUCAGCUCAGAACCAAUCAACACAAGGACAGGUCCAGCAACAAAACACACUGACAUGGAAAUUACAGCGCUUCCAAGGCUGUACACACACACACAAAAACACCUACAAUUAAUUUUGUUGUUGUUAAUUUUUUUAUUUUGGGUCAAAUUGGAAUGUUUAUGGCAUAGCCUUAGAGAACAACAUGUCUUCACGUCAAACAAGUGUAUGUAGACCUAAAUACACAACCUGGCCCAGCUGGCUCCUGAAUGUGUAGUAAGCCUACUGUUACGUAAACACACACAAUUCAGCAGCUCAAGUUUACAAUUUCAGUUUAUUGCAGCCGAUAGUUUAUACUCAGUUUAUGCGGGGGUCUAUUAAAAAUCUGAGAUGUGAUAUUAUUAUCACAAUACAAUG